AUGAGAGUCAGUAUUUUAAAAUAUGUUCUUUUUUCAAUUGUUAUUUGUUCUUUUGAAUAUGCCAAAAAUGAAUUAUACUUUGUAAACGAUAGAGGGAUAUACCUUGAAAGGAAUGUAAUAAACUUUAGAAAUAAUAGGAUAUUAUCAGAUGCAGAUAACCACUUUGAUUUAAAUGAAUUUUAUCAAUCAACUUUGAAUCUUGCAAAUCAAUUUAAUGAGUACAAUGAUGAUGACAAAGAAAUUGUAUAUAUUCGAAAUGCUAUAAAUUCACAUAUAAAGAAGUGUAAAGAAAGUAACACAUUACUUAAUUUAAAAAAUGUAGAUAUUAAGGCAAAAAAAAUAAUUAAUAAGUUUCGAAAAGAAUUAGAAAAAUUAACAAAAGAGCUUGAUAAUAAAAUAAACGAUGAAUUAGGAAUACAAUCGAUACAUGAUAAAAUAAUAAUAAAAAAAGAUGAAAAUAGUUCUGUAUCAAAACAUGAAGACUUUAAACAAUUUGAAAAUGAUAAAUAUAAUGAAAUUACAUCAAGUAGUAAUUAUAAGAAAUUAAAAACUAAUCGAAAUUUAAAAAAAAAAGUAAUCAAAUGUAUCUUGGCGUGUUUGGCAUCUAUAGUAAUUGUUUUAGCGGUAAUACCAGGACCGGUGUACUUAAUGACUCUAUAUAUAUUAUUGUUGUGA